AUUUACAGAGCUAUUGAUUGGGGGUUUAUUUACCGCUACACUAUUGUAGUUAUUCGACAAGGCUUAUGAGACGAUGUUGAAAAUUUGGCGCCUAUCUACACUAUCUGGACAUAAGGGAGAAAAAAUCAACUGGUCCAAAUCGGCUCUUUACGAAUAUAUUGAAUAUUGUAGUGUUUCCGAAGUGUAACAUUACAAAUUUAUUCGUUACCUGUUUGGUAUGGCACUUCGACUUGCUUCACGUAGACUGAGUCCAAUAAUCUCCUCAAUACGUCAUAGGAAAAUCGGGUCAGCCACUAAAUAUGUCCCUUUGUUUGAAACGGUUCAUAUGCCGGAGACUAAGGUGACUACUUUGGGAAGUAACGGUUUUCGGAUAGCUUCUGAGAACUGGAAUACUCCUACAUGCACGGUUGGCGUUUGGGUGGACGUUGGUAGUCGAUAUGAGACAGAAUCUAAUAAUGGUGUAGCUCAUUUCCUUGAACACAUGGCUUUCAAGGGGACUGAAAAGAGGAGUCAACAGUCUUUAGAACUUGAAGUGGAAAACAAAGGUGCGCAUUUGAAUGCAUACACAUCCCGUGAGAUGACGGUGUAUUAUGCGAAAUGUUUUGUUGAGGAUCUACCUUGGGCGGUUGAAUUAUUAUCGGAUAUAUUAAAGAACAGCAAGUUUGAGAAUAGUCAGGUCGAACGUGAAAGAGGGGUCAUUUUACGGGAAAUGGAGGAAAUUGAGAGUAAUUACCAGGAGGUCGUCUUUGAUUACCUGCAUGCAACUGCUUAUCAAGGGACACCUCUUGGGAGAACGAUUCUUGGACCUGUAGAAAAUGUCAAAUCUUUGAAAGCCAGUGAUAUGAAGAAUUUUAUCAAACAGAACUAUAAAGCACCACGAAUGGUGCUCAGCGCUGCAGGAGGAGUCGACCAUAAGCAACUAUGCGACCUCGCGGAGAAACAUUUUGGCGAUCUCCAGGCAUCUUAUCAGGAAGGCGAAGGGGUACCAAGCAUACAACGCUGUCGUUUUACAGGCUCUGAGAUUCGUGAUAGAGACGAUGCUAUGCCAGUAGCUCAUGCUGCGAUAGCGUUCGAGGGUCCGGGUUGGCAAAGUUCAGACACAUUAGCACUGAUGGUUGCAAGCAGUCUGCAUGGUGCUUGGGAUAGAAGUUAUGGGGGAGGAUUUAAUGUUGCCAGCAAGCUGGCCUCCAAGUUUUUUAUGGAAAAUUCGGUACACAGUUUCCAGCAUUUCUUUACUUGCUACCAUGAUACUUCUUUAUGGUUAGUAGUGUUUUGGGUCCAUUAAGUUAAAUUAAACCCAUAACAACGUUAUUUAUAUAGUUGAAACAUGCAUUGUCAAAUGUUGUUAGCAAUAAUUCAACAAGAAAUAUAUUGCUUAUUGUUGCGAAAUUUCAUGUCCACAUGAAGAAAGGAAAUCGACUAAGGAUGACAGGAACUAAAAUAACUGACAAAUAUUGUACAAUGUAGCAAGUACCUAACCGGAUUCUAGAAUCAGCUUCGAACUGUGUAGGAUAGUCGCAGACUAUAACUCUACACAGUUAUCCCAGCUAUUCUUAGUUAAACUUCCUGCUCUAAUUUAUUAAUUGAGUCAUUUAUGAAUGAAGAAAGUAUUCGUUUCUCAUUGUAUACUUCUCAAUUCCCACCAGAAGAUAUUGAUCUCUAAACCACAAAGCUUGCUUCGAUCAAUGUUGCAGGAAAUUUCAGGUUCGAAACGAACAAAGUGGGGGGAGUUUACUUAACAGCAGAAAAGAUGGGUUUGGGUGAAUCUGUUGGAGAAUUCCUUAAAGAAUUUGUCCGUAUGUGUACUCAGGUUACUCAGCAUGAAAUCGACAGAGCGAAGAACCAAUUGAAAACACAUCUUCUUUUGCAGUUAGAUGGCACUACACCUAUUUGUGAAGAAAUUGGUCGGCACAUGUUGGUGUAUGGUCGUCGUAUACCUAUAACUGAAUUGCUAGCCAGAAUUGACCUUCGUAUCGAAAUUGCUUUCUUCCUGGGUUGUCAACUUAACUCUUAUUUGGCUUAUUUAUGUUAGUAACUAAAAGUUUGUUUACUUGUUUUCUCUGUUAAAACUUCAUUCUGUCCAUGAUUCUACACAUUGUUAAGCUGACAGCAAUGUAAUGACUUUUCUCAAACCAUUUUCAGUUAGUUUAUAUUUAUCUAUAGAAUGAGCAAGUUUUGUAAGAUAAACUCAUUCGAGGUUCUCGUACAAAGCCUACGAAUUUAAAAAGUAGUUGAUUUUCCCUGACAUUCCGUCUGUAGUCUGUUAGUUUCACUUCAUCGUCUGCAUUAUUUGUCAUUUUUUGAUAAAAAAAAAUAUGGAUUGUAACCAAUGUGUCAAGAACCAUUUAUCAAAUCGGUCAUUUUAAAAUUAUCACCAACUGUGAUCCCUCUAAUUAUUCUUUAUCAAUUACAAUAGCACAUAUAUGAAUGUCGUUCAUUUUAAGUAAAGAAAAAGAAGAAAUACAGGUUUACCAAUGUUGUACUUCAUUUUGCUUAGUUUCUGAUCAUAGUAGUGAGUUCACAAUAUUUUUGAUACUGGUCUUUUUAUAACAGGUUUCUACCACCAGUUAACUGUUCUUCAGAAAGUGCGUUCGACAGAUAUUGUAGUACUAGCCGGAGACUUGAAUG